UUUUCUCGAGAAAAAUCUCUCUCUAUCUCUCUCUUCUUUGGUACUCUCACUCUUGUUUGAAUUCUUGUUUCCACUCGCAGACGCGCACUCAGUGAUUGUCUCAACUCUCUUAUUUAUUGUUAACAACAGUAAUAAUCAUCAUCAUAUCUAUCUCACAUUACACGCCCUCACUCACCCACCCAAAAUUCUCAUCAUUUCAUCACCUUCAUUCUCUCUCAAAUCCACUUUUCAUCGUACCAUCAUUACAUUACAGGGAUUCCUGGUGUUUGGGCGUGCAAGUAUGGCAUCUAGUAAUCCAUUCUUUGAUGAUAUACGGAGCAGAUCAGGGGUUGAUCCUCCUCAAACUGAAGAUUCAACAGAAAUUCCUGAACUCAUAAAUGAUCCUAUACAGACUGUUGUUAAACCUAAUGGAACUGUUUCGAGCAGUGUUCGUGAGCUUUUAGAGUGCCCUGUGUGCUUGAAUGCUAUGUACCCUCCAAUACACCAGUGCUCGAAUGGUCACACUUUAUGCUCUGGGUGCAAACCAAGAGUCCAUGACCGGUGUCCUACAUGUCGGCACGAGCUUGGAAAUAUUAGGUGUCUGGCAUUGGAGAAGGUGGCUGCUUCUUUAGAACUUCCUUGUAAAUAUCAAGGUUUUGGGUGCAUAGGCAUAUACCCUUAUUACAGCAAGCUAAAACAUGAGUCUCAGUGUGCAUUUAGACCUUAUAACUGUCCAUAUGCUGGUUCGGAAUGUGCUGUCGUGGGUGAUAUAAGGUUCUUGGUGGCACACCUCAAAGAUGAUCACAAAGUGGAUAUGCACAGUGGUUGCACUUUUAAUCAUCGCUACGUCAAAUCAAAUCCACAAGAAGUUGAAAAUGCCACUUGGAUGUUAACGGUUUUUAGUUGCUUCGGUCAGUAUUUCUGUCUACAUUUCGAAGCUUUUCAACUGGGAAUGGCUCCGGUCUACAUAGCAUUUUUACGUUUUAUGGGCGAUGAUAAUGACGCAAAGAACUAUACCUACAGUCUCGAGGUAGGCGGAAACGGAAGGAAGAUGACAUGGCAAGGGGUGCCUAGAACAAUUCGGGAUAGUCAUCGCAAGGUUCGCGACAGUUUUGACGGUCUGAUCAUUCAGAGGAACAUGGCUCUCUUCUUCUCUGGCGGUGACAGGAAGGAAUUGAAACUUCGAGUAACCGGAAGGAUUUGGAAAGAACAAUGAUUGUACCUUUGCUUGGUUCAUGUAGUAAUCAUAUUAAACAGAAUAGUUUUGUAGUAGUAUGAAUCUUGUGGUCAUGUAUUGUGUUUUGUAAUUUAGAAGGCAACAUCUCUUUGCUUACUUUAUCAUCCAAUACAUGGAUAGAAAGGUGUAGUGUGACAUUAUGAUAUAUUUUUUAAUAUAGAUGUAGAACCUUAGUGUGUGUGUUCAA